AUGGCCGCCGCCGCCGGCACCCGGGAGGAGAUGGUCUACAUGGCGAAGCUAGCGGAGCAGGCGGAGCGGUACGAGGAGAUGGUCGACUUCAUGGAGAAGGUCGUGGCGGCCGCCGCGUCCUCCGAGCUCACCGUCGAGGAGCGCAACCUGCUCUCCGUCGCCUACAAGAACGUCAUCGGCGCGCGCAGGGCGUCCUGGCGCAUCGUCUCCUCCAUCGAGCACAAGGAGGAGACGCGGGGCGCCGCGGGACACGCCGCCGCCGCCAGAGGCUACCGCGCCCGCGUCGAGGCCGAGCUCUCCGGGAUCUGCGCGGGCAUCAUCCGCCUCCUCGACGACCGCCUCGUCCCCGCCGCGGCGGCCGUUGAUGCUAAGGUCUUCUACCUUAAGAUGAAGGGGGAUUAUCACCGCUACCUCGCCGAGUUCAAGACCGCUGCUGAGCGUAAAGACGCCGCCGACUCCACGCUCGCCGCAUACCAGGCCGCGCAGGACAUCGCCGUCAAGGAGCUGCCGCCCACGCACCCCAUCAGGCUCGGGCUCGCCCUCAACUUCUCCGUCUUCUACUACGAGAUCCUCAACUCGCCCGACCGCGCCUGCUCCCUCGCCAAGCAGGCCUUCGAUGAAGCUAUUUCGGAGCUGGAUACUCUUGGGGAAGAGUCCUACAAGGAUAGCACCCUUAUCAUGCAGCUUCUUCGUGACAACCUCACCUUGUGGACUUCUGACAUGCAGGAGGAUGGCAGUGAUGAAAUGAGGGAUGCAAGCAAGCCUGACGAUGAGUAG